AUGUCAGAUACGUUAGCAUCCCAGUUAACUGCUUUUAAAAGGUCUUUGAAGCGUGCUUCUGCUGCAUUACCCGCACAAAGGAGAAUUGUGAAACCGCCAUCAGAUAGCAGAAAUGAGUCAAAGAAAUCAGGACCUAAGAGGAAUAGUGGUGAUCGUAGUAGUCAAAGACGGAAGAGGCAAAAGAAGAAUAUUUUAAGCGAUUCGUUCACAGAUUUAUCUUCCUUGCCACUAGCUGCAGGGUCAUCUCUCUCUAUUAGGUUGAUGAAUGCCUCGGACUUCAUAAAGGGAAGCGAUAGACCUAUUAGUAUAAAGGAGCUUGAGCAACACAUGAAUGUACCGGUUGAUGCACAGUUAUUAAAAUGUCUCUCGAACGUGGAUAGAAUAAAAUAUGACCCUAUGAAUAAGACUCUAGAAUAUUUGUCAUUGCAUAACAUUAAAACCGCCGAAGAUCUUAUGAAGGUGUUGGAAAAUCAGCCUACUUUUCAGGGGCUUUCUGUGAAACAAUUGCGAGAUGGUUGGAAUGGGUGUUUACCAACAAUAGCGAAAUUGGAAAAGGAAAACAAAAUCAUCGUUCAUAAGACCAAAAAAGAGAAUGCUCCUCGUCACAUAUGGCUCAACUUUGAGAAUCUAAAAGUAGGAAAUAGAGUGGAUAAAGAAUUCUAUGAUAUGUGGGAGAAAGUUACUGUGCCCAAAGGCCCUGAUUUAGUGAAAACACUCUUAAGCAAUGGAAUGAAACCGACUAACGUUGAUCCUGAAAGUUUGAGAAACAAAAAGGAUGCACCAAUUCAGAGAAGAAAGCAGAAGAAGCCUAGACGUGGUAAGAUCACGAAUAUACAUAUGAGGGGAAUUCUCAAAGAUUACUCUGGAAGAGUAUAG